AUUAUUUAGUGUGGAAGCAGCACGCAGCGCUGUCUCCUCUCCUAGCAUCACAUCAUCCGAUUCCAACCUGCAGUGCGAUCGAUGGAAGGCGGCCUGAGCCCGGAGCGGCACGCGGCGGCGGAGCCGGUGCGGUCGCGGUGGACGCCCAAGCCGGAGCAGAUACUCAUCCUCGAGUCCAUCUUCAACAGCGGGAUGGUCAACCCGCCCAAGGACGAGACCGUCCGCAUCCGCAAGCUGCUCGAGCGCUUCGGCGCCGUCGGCGAUGCCAACGUCUUCUACUGGUUCCAGAACCGCCGCUCCCGGUCCCGCCGGCGCCAGCGCCAGCUGCAGGCGCAGGCGCAGGCGGCAGCAUCCGCCGCCUCCUCGUCCUCGUCGGGCUCGCACCCGGCUAGCGGAGCCGGCCUCGCGACAGGCCACGACGGCUCCGUUGCCUUGUCGCUAGGACAGUUCGCGCACGGCUCCUCCGCGUCCGCGGGGAUGAUGGGGGACCUGGACUGCAGGGGCGGCGACGACCUGUUCGCCAUCUCGCGGCAGAUGGGUUACGUGGACGGCGGUGGCUCUGGCGGCUCGUCGUCCUCGGCGGCCAUCGCGCAGCAGCAGCAGCAGCUCUACAACUCGUGCCAACCAGCGAGCAUCACGGUGUUCAUCAAUGGCGUGGCGACAGAGGUGCCUCAGGGCCCAAUCGACCUGCGGUCCAUGUUCGGGCAGGACGUGAUGCUCGCCCACUCCACCGGCGGCCUCCUCCCUGUCAACGAGUACGGCAUCCUCAUGCAAAGCCUGCAGAUGGGCGAGAGCUACUUCUUGGUCAUGAGGGGCUAGCUGCGGAUUGAUCACCCGUAUCACCUUAGACGUUAUUCGCCGGAGAUGCAUGCAUGCAAGUGUCAGUUAACCAUGAAUUCAGCAAACAGAGGCUUGCUAGCUAGGAUAGAUGCAUGCAGGCUGCAGCUAGCUGGUCUCUGGCAUCGAUCGAAACGUGUGUGAUUGAGAUGCAACGAAACAUGCAUAGUAAGAGCAGUAUAUAAAUAGCAGCAAUACAUUACAGAUAAGAUUGUGCGCUAUGCAUCCAUAUCAUAUAUCCAUCGAUCUAUUUGUAAUCAAUCAUAUAAGUCACAUCAUUAAUGAUAGAUUUACGUACGUUGAUGCGUCUCU